CCCCAGCCCUUUAUAACCACUAAACUAAUUCUGUUGUAGUUUUAAUCCAAGGCCGUGAUGCAGCCGAACUGUCUCUCCCAGAACUCUUUUUCCAUACUACAUGCCACCACAAAAGGUGGAGAAUAAAUUUUUUUCCCUAAAACUACUUUUUCUCCAUUUUACUUUGUUGAGUUGCUAGUUAAUAGAAAUGCAGAGAUUUAAGUCCUUUAAGUCCUUGUCUUCAAUUUUCAUUUGUCCUAUUACAGUUUUCGCAAUAUCUGCUAUCAUUUGACAGCAGCAGAGUAAUCAGUUUAUUUUGACUACUGUGGAUUAGUUUCUUAGAAAAACUCCUAUAAGGUACCAGUCUACCAAGCAUAAGAACAUUAUUUCCAGUAAUCUGAUUAGUACAGUGGUCUAUUAUUUUUAAGUUCCUACCAUUUCUCUAACCUUUGUAGUUGCAAGGUUUUUUUUAAUGUGGACCUCAUUUUUUAAGAAGUCAUUGACUGUUUUGGUAACGGAAAAAAAAAGAAUUUCCAGUGUGGUUAAGAACCAUAUCUUAUGAGCUGUUCUUUGCCUCCCUCUUUAAGAAUUACCAAUUAUUUUUUAAAAUUGGAACUUCAAAUACAGUUCAUUGCCUGGAUGUAUUUAAAGCAUUUCUUCAGAAACCCUUGAAAAUUUAUCAUAGGAAAUUAUGGAAGCAGAAAGAAGAGGGUGAAAAAUAAGACUGUGAAAGGCAAGAACACAAUGACCUGAAAAUGAUGAGUUUAUAAUUCCAAUUUUACCUGUGUAAAUGGAUAUUUUUUUCUCUUUCUGUUAUAGUUACUCUGUGGUUCCAUAUUGGACAGUUUGUUGCUAAAAGCCAUUAGAUUGCAUAAAAGCUACUGUUUCAACUUGUAGAAUUGGGAAUCCAGAAAAGAGUUGGGUAGAUUAAGAGAAUGACUUAACUAAUUAAAGAGACCCUUUCUCCACUUCAGAAUAUUUUUUGUGAGAGACUUUGGGGACUACCUCACUGGUUUUAGAUCUCCUAAUGUUGUCUGGUCACAUUUCUUGUUCUGCCUACCUCCAGUUUACUCUAGUUUCUCUUCUGCUUUCAAGGCUCCAGACCCAGUUCCUGGACCUGCCCUGGAAAAGAAGUAUCCAGUAGAGAUGAGCUCACUGCAGUUACUUAAUUAAAAAUUUGUAAGCUGCAAAAAUGGCAAUGGGCCAACCAAGAACAGCUACAAUUUGAAUUUUUCUAUUUCCAGACAAUGCUCGGACAGAAGAGAUAAGUACUAUUUCCACUAAGGCCUAAACUUGCCUACCGUACAGAUAGUCCUGAUCAGGCAACAUACGAAUGGCCCAAGGAAGCCACCAAAUUGAUUUUCAGGUUUUACAUGACCUGCGACAAAAAUUCCCUGAAGUACCCGAAGUUGUUGUAUCCAGGUGCAUGUUACAGAAUAACAAUAACCUGGAUGCCUGCUGUGCAGUUCUCUCUCAGGAGAGUACAAGGUAUCUUUAUGGUGAAGGAGACUUGAAUUUUUCAGAUGAUUCUGGAAUUUCUGGUCUACGCAAUCACAUGACUUCUCUCAACUUGGACUUGCAGUCACAGAAUAUUUACCACCAUGGAAGAGAAGGGAAUAGAAUGAAUGGAAGUCGGACUCUAAUGCACAGCAUCAGUGAUGGACAACUUCAAGGUAGCCAGUCCAAUAAUGAACUAUUCCACCAGGAGCCACAGACAGCACCAGCGCAAGUUCCUCAAGGCUUUAAUGUUUUUGGAAUGUCCAGUCCUUCUGGUGCUUCAAAUUCAGCACCACAUCUUGGAUUUCACUUAGGCAGCAAAGGAACAUCUAACCUUUCUCAACAGACUCCCAGAUUUAAUCCCAUUAUGGUAACUUUAGCCCCAAAUAUCCAGACCGGUCGUAAUACUCCUACAUCUUUGCACAUCCAUGGUGUACCUCCACCUGUACUGAACAGUCCACAGGGAAAUUCUAUCUAUAUUAGGCCUUACAUUACGACUCCUGGUGGUACAGCUCGACAGACACAACAACAUUCUGGCUGGGUAUCUCAGUUCAAUCCCAUGAACCCUCAACAAGUCUAUCAACCUUCACAACCUGUUCCCUGGACUACCUAUCCUACAUCUAACCCUCUGCCACAUACCUCAACCCAGCAGCCCAGUCAGCAAGGCCACCAGACCUCCCAUGUCUAUAUGCCCAUCAGCUCACCUACUACUCCACAGCCACCAACAGUCCAUCCACCUGGUAGUUCACAGUCUUCUGCCCAUGGCCAAUAUAACAUUCAGAAUAUUUCAACAGGACCUCGGAAAAACCAGAUUGAAAUUAAACUUGAACCCCCACAAAGAAACAGUUCUUCAAAAUUGCGUUCCUCCGGACCUCGAACCUCCAGCAGUUCCUCUUCGGUCAACAGCCAGACCUUAAAUAGAAAUCAGCCAACUGUUUACAUAGCUGCCAGCCCCCCAAGUACCGAUGAGGUAAUGUCCCGUAGUCAACCUAAGGUCUAUAUUUCAGCUAAUGCCACCACAGGAGAUGACCAGGUCGUGCGGAAUCAGCCCACACUCUUCAUAUCCACUAACACUGGAGCAUCUGCCACCUCCAGGAACAUGUCUGGGCAAGUGAGCAUGGGCCCUGCCUUUAUUCACCACCACCCCCCCAAAAGCCGGGCAGUGGGCGCCAACUCCGCGACUUCCCCUCGCGUGGUGGUCACACAGCCCAAUACAAAGUACACUUUCAAGAUUACAGUUUCUCCCAACAAACCCCCAGCAGUCUCUCCAGGGGUGGUGUCCCCUACCUUUGAACUUACAAAUCUUCUAAACCAUCCUGAUCAUUACGUAGAAACAGAGAGCGUUCAGCACCUCACGGACCCUGCUUUAGCACAUGUGGAUAGAAUAAGUGAUGCGCGGAAACUGAGCAUGGGAUCUGACGACGCUGCCUAUACACAAGCUUUGUUGGUACACCAGAAGGCCAGAAUGGAACGACUUCAAAGAGAACUUGAGAUUCAAAAGAAAAAGUUGGAUAAACUAAAAUCUGAGGUCAAUGAAAUGGAAAAUAAUCUAACUCGAAGGCGCCUGAAAAGAUCGAAUUCCAUAUCCCAGAUACCUUCCCUCGAAGAAAUGCAGCAGUUGAGAAGUUGUAAUAGACAACUCCAGAUUGACAUUGACUGCUUAACCAAAGAAAUUGAUCUUUUUCAAGCCCGAGGACCACAUUUUAAUCCCAGCGCUAUUCAUAACUUUUAUGACAAUAUUGGAUUUGUAGGUCCUGUGCCACCAAAACCCAAAGAUCAAAGGUCCACCAUCAAAACACCAAAGAAUCAAGACACAGAAGAUGAUGAGGGAGCUCAGUGGAAUUGUACUGCCUGUACUUUUUUGAACCAUCCAGCCUUAAUCCGUUGUGAACAGUGUGAGAUGCCGAGGCAUUUCUGAGCCAGGGGCCCUAUAUCUUCUCUAAAACUGCAUCUAAAGUUCAAGAAACUAGUCUGUCAUCAGGGGAAAAGUUUCACUGCUCCACAGGAUUUUGUCAAAUUGAAGGUGUGACAAGAUGGUGUUGUGCUAAUCCUAAGUGCCAGCCCCCAGAGCUCAGAAUACCUCAGGAUCCUGUCAUAGGCAUUGAGAUCCAUCAUGUGAAAGGCCAUCGGCUGAAGGGCUCAGCACCUUCCGCCUGGCCAUGUACAGUGUUACUAGUGUCCUGCCUUGGAUCAUUCUCAACAGCCUAGUGCUUUGGGGCUCCCAGUACCUUUCACCCCUCCUGUCACUACUGGAUUUUGGCAGGAGGAAGGAAUAGAGCGAUAGCUUUUUUUUUAUUUUUAAAGCUUUCAGUGAAACACUACGUACACAAAGAAAAGGAACAAGGUGUAACUAAACAGUUUGCUGCCACAUAGUGCCCAUGAAUAGGGGAAGAACUUCACAAAUCUGUGGUACUCUUGGCCUUGUCUUUGUCUUCCCUGAAGGCAUCUCCACUCUGUGAAGCCAGUAGAGUCUCAAGAUGAAAAAGAAAGCAGCAUGCAUUGUCUGUACAAACAUGCAGUGAAAUACCCCAAAGCUUUUCUUACUGUACAGAUCUCUCAAGUCCACUUUUAAGUGAUUUCUUCUCUUCUUUAUUAUUUUCUUAUAUUUCUAUAUGUAUAGUGUAAUAGUCUUUUGUUAACUAAUUUUCUUUUUCCCUUUAAUGAUUAAGCACGAUCAUGACCCUUUUCAAGCCUUACGUGAGAGAAGCAGUGCCUUAAAAUAAAAAAGCAUUAAUGAAACGAAACUAUGCACAGAAUAACUUUCCUCUACUUAUUCUGUAUGUGGCCCUCCUCAGUGCCAAUGUUCUGUGAAGACAUGCAGAUGCUGCACAACGGAUUGCAGGAAAGGUGACAAGAAUUACGUCUGUAGGUCACACUAUAUACUGACUUUAGAGGUGGGUGACAACACAAUGUUUUGUCUUCCACAAGGAAGCUUGAAACAAGAAAUUUUCAGUCCACCGACGGAACAAGGUUAAGCUUGCUUCAUCUGCCUGGUGUCCUGCAGAACUUUCACAAGAGAUUAUUAUUGGGGAGGUACAGUUUAAAACCAGCAGCAGCACCAGUACCUAGAGCCCCCACCCACCCACCCUUUUUUUUUUUUUUU